AUGUUCCAUUAAUCGUAAUCUCUAAAUAAUCUUAGAAAAGAUCAUCGAUAUAAACCUUUAUAAAUAGCAGGAAGAUAUCCAGAAAGUGCUGAUUUUAAUAAUAAAUCUAAGUUCUUUUUACCUUCAAUAAAAAUGAUUGAACAGAGCAGUGUGUUUACAGAAAAAUAGAGAUAAUUAAGAUUACCUUAAUUAUAAAAUCAUUUAGCCGUAAGUGAUUAACUCUAACGUAAGAAGAUUGAGAAAAGAAAGUCUAUUACACCUAAAUAUUAAAAGAGAUAAACAACUAUUUAUGCAAUGAUAUCUAAGGGAGGAUGUAAUAUUAAUAAAGAUACCAAAAUCAAUUAGGAUUCAUCAAUUGUAUGUCCCAAAAUUCUUGAGAAGUAUCAAUCUAUUAUAAUCUAUAGUAUUGGGUAUAAGUUAUUUGCAGUCUCAGAUGGACACGGUGUUAAUGGUCAUCAUGUAUCUAAUUUCAUUAGAUAAACAUUACCUAAAUAUUUGCAUAAGUAUUUGGGAGAUAAUCAUGAAGAUAUUUAAAUGCAUAUAGCUAGAGCAUUUGCAAUUACAAAUAGAGAAAUUUGGAACUCUGACACUGAUACAAAUCUUUCUGGUUCUACAACUGUUUCAGUUCUCAUUACUAAAGAUAUUGUAGAUACAAAUAUUUAUUAUUGUUACUAGAUUUAUACAGCUAAUGUUGGAGAUUCAAGAGCUAUUUUAUGUAGAUUUGAUAAAGUUUGGUAAGUCGUACCAUUAACAAGAGAUCAUAAGCCAGAUGAUCCUGAAGAAAUGAAAACUAUUGUUGAUGCUGGAGGAAGAGUAGAAUAAUAGAGAGGUAUAGUAAUUAUUUAAAGUAGACUAUUACGGUAAUCCAAUAGGACCUUUUAGAGUUUGGUUAUAAUAUAUUCAAACCCCAGGUUUAGCAAUGUCUAGAUCUUUUGGAGACAAGGUUGGAGCUUAAGCAGGAGUUACAGCCAUACCAGAGAUAAAAGAAUUUACAUUGACUAAUCAUGAUCAAUUUAUUAUUGUUGCCUCUGAUGGAGUUUGGGAAUAUUUGAGUAAUGAAGAGGUAUUUUAUUUAAUAAUUAGGUGAUGAGUUUAGUGAUACCAUACUUUGAAAAGGAUAAUCCUGAACAUGCUGCUGAAAAAGUACUAAAUGAAGCUAUUCAAGCAUGGAAAAGAGUAAAUAUUUUCUUUUUUAUUUUAGAAUAGCUUAGCUAGAGACGAUAUCACUUGUAUUAUCAUCUUUCUAUGACUUCAAUAAGAAAAGAC